AUGAAAAAUCAUAAAACGAAGAAAAUACUAAAUAUAUUUGUGAUGCUUCUUUCUCUUUAUAUUAGAAAGUGCAGAGGAGGAAGCAAUUUUUCUAGUGAAGAAACAACUGAUGAUUCAAUGCAAGGAGGAGGUAAUGUUUCUGGUGAAGAAACAACUGAUGAUUCAAUGCAAGGAGGAAAUAGUGUUUCUAGUGAAGAAACAACUGAUGAUUCAAUGCAAGGAGAAAGUAGAUUAGGUUAUUCUUUUGCUAAUCAAGGUAGGAAUAAUUCUAAUUCGCAGCAGAGCACGCUGCCCUUAGACCCAGUAGAAAGUAUAUUUGAUAAGAGCAAACGUACAAACCAGGUGUCUGUUCUAGAGCAUAUUAUAGAUCCUAGAAUUGAUCAUAUUAAAGUAAAAGAAUCAUGGGAUAAAUUACCACCAGAAAUAGAAGACAUGACAAAACAGUAUUUAUUACCCCAAGAAGACGAAGAAAUAAAUAAACCAAGUGAAAAUACUGGUGACAGAAUAGACAGCGCUAGCAGCCCACAGAGAGCAGAAAAAAGAAAAGCUGAUAAAAUGAGCAACUCGAAUGAUGAAUUAGAUCUAGAUGUAUUAAAAAAGACAAAAAAAGAAUCUGUAGAAAAAAUAAUGAAACAAUAUGGUAUUAUUCGAUGGAACGAGAAAAGAUUCAAAAAUAUAACCCGAGAUAAAUAUAGAAUGAGCUAUACAAUACUAACUGAAACCACAUAUCGAAAAAACCUUCUAAUUAAUGCAGUAAAAAGUAAGACAUAUCAAACAAAUCUUAAAAGAGAAAUUCUGGACUUUGCAAAAAAUAUUUCUCCAUUGGCAAAGCAUGAUAGGCUGUACCACUUUAUUGCAAGCAGAACUACAAACUUAUAUAUGAAGUAUAAAGAUCUUCUAGGAUUGGAGGAGUUGUUUAAACAUAAAGAAAACAAAAAGUAUAUAGAUAUAGUAAAAAAUUUUAGUGGAUACUAUCCUAAAGUAUUCGAAGAUCUAAUAUCUUACAUAGAAAAGCAUAUGCCACUGCGAAUUAAUAAAGACAGGCCUCCAACUGAAUGGAAGAGAAGUUUUGGUGAUAUUUACAUGAGCGAAUAUCUUGAAAUGAACUACAGUAUAGUUGUUAAACAGAAAGUAAUUUCUCAAAUAGACAAGGAGUAUCAUGCACUGGUACAUGCUAUGCACAUGAUUAUAAUGCUGCCUGAAGUGUACAAAGACUUUUCCAAAAUUGAUGAAAAGUUUAUAGAAGAUACACCUGUUUCAAUGAAAAUGGCUGAAAAUAAAAAAAGUCGUGAUAUUUUACUGAUAAUAAAGAAAGUAGUGCAAAUGUACAAAAAAGAAAAAAUAGACAAUAAUGUAUACAAAGACCUAUACACUGCUCUCAAAGACGUGCAAAGAAAAAAAGAGCUGGAAAAAACAACAGCUGUUGAACUAUAUAAAGAAAUAUACACUCUUCUUGGUAAGUUCUACGAAAAAGCAAAAGUAGCUGACGUAAAAAAUAAAUAUAUUCUAGCAGGCAAGUGCAUAAUAAGAAAUCAGAAGUACAUGAAAGGAGAGAUAAAGAUAGAUAUGAAACAAACAGAUGCGAGUAAGAGAAUAUCAAUCCAAGAUUAUUCAUUUGAGGAGGAGAACAGAUGGAAUGUUUCGCCAAUUGUGCAUACACACUACCAUGUGUACUAUAUAGACAAUCUAUUGGGCCAGCCAAGAAAGCUCUGCAUGCCAAUAUUUAAGGGAAAAAAAGAUAAAAAAGAACAUUAUUUACAUACAAUUAGCGACAUAGUAAAGUAUAUAAAGAAGCUAUAUGGAAUAGAAGAGAGUUUAAAUGCUAUACAUCCUUUUAAGGUAAAUAAGAAAGAUAGAAAAUGGUCGCGCAUUGAAGGAAAGGAAAAAGAUAAAACAGUGAAAUACUUUGUAAGAUGUGAAAUAGUAUUCUACUACAGCGAAGAAGACUUAAGCACAAUAGAAUUUACAUUUGCUCAGUUCUUGCCAGGAAAACCUUAUGGUAAAGGUAAAAAAAUCAUUUCCAUUCCACUCUUCCUCAGUCCUCUAAUGCAGCAUGCUAUGGAUUUAGGGCCUUUUAACGAGAAAGAAGGAAAAGAGCACAAAAAGCUAAAAUUUAUGAAUUUUGAAGCUGUAAGUCCUGAUGUAUACGAGUUUAAUAAGAAGUAUAAAAAAAAUAUCUAUUCAGAUAUAGCUAGUUACUAUAGAAAUCUAUGCAUACUUCCUGAUAAAAUAAGUACAGAGUGCUAUAUUAUGGACUGCCAAUUUAUUGAUCAAAAUGAUGGCACUACUAAAGUAGAGUGGUAUGUGAGAGUGCCAGGAGACAUAGACGAGUAUAUGCAUUGUGUGCCAAAUGAAGAAUUCAAGGAAAAAAAUGCAUCAAAAGAGUUUAAUGCCUUUAUUGCAGCAAUAGAGUCAAGAAAUUACAACAAGGGUAGUAUUAUGCAGGGUUUUUGGCUGAGUAACAAUUGCACAGAAUCUAAUAAGUCAAAUAUGCAGUCUUUUUCAAUAAAUAGCUUUCUAACAAGUAGGAGAGCUGAAUAUAGAAAAAAUAGAAGUAUAGAAGAUAUUGAUUUAGAGAUCAUUAGAAAAGAAAAUGAGAAAAAUAAGAUAGAAAUAGAAGAGAAUAACUUAAAACUGUCUAAUACAAAUAGUGAUAAAGAGAACAAGAAGAGAAGUAGAUUAUCAUCCCAAAAAAGUAAGAUAAAAGAGAGCUUAAAAUAUUUAUAUGAAGAGAAACGUAUAAAGAUGUCUAAAAGCCCAAACAACUUAGAAACCGAGAUCGUAGUUUUUCGAAAUUUGAACUUAAGCAAAUCCAACUUAGGAGCACACAAUGAGAUCCUUGAUGUUUUCAUUACAUUAUAUAGACACAAGCGUGGUAAAAAUCAAUAA